AUGGAAAUUAGGACCAUCCUCAUCGAAAGUUUAUCUCUAAUCGACGCCGUGAAUUCCAAUCAAGAUACCGGGGUUAAUGCCUCGGCAGCGUAUCAAUUGAUCCAUGACGAAGUAGAGCUCGAUGGCUCUCCAUCUCUCAAUUUUGCGAGCUUUGUGCACACCUGGAUGCCUGACGAGGCGUUGAAGCUGGUAGUUGAGAAUAUUGCCAAGUUCGUUUUGCUUUUUUAUUCUGACCAAGAUGAAUAUCCUGCCACGAUGCAAAUUCAUUCACGCUGUAUUUCCAUGCUCUCUCACUUAUGGAAAGCGCCUAAAGGUUCUCAUGUCAUUGGAACGGCGACGGGGGGCUCUUCCGAAGCCAUCAUGCUAGGUGGUUUGGCGAUGAAAAAGGCUUGGGUGGAACGGCGGAAAGCCGCAGGAAAGGAUUACUACCAUCCAAAUGUUAUCAUGGGUGCUAACGCCCAAGUCGCAAUUGAGAAAUUUGCGAGGUACUUUGACGUCGAGGCUAAGUUGGUACCUGUCACGGAGGAGGGGGGAUAUUAUGUUGAUGAGAACACAAUUGGUGUCUUCAUCAUCCUUGGAAGCACAUACACGGGUGGCUUCGAAGACGUGCAGGAGAUGAAUGACUUUCUAGAUAAGUAUGAAGCCGAGACGGGUAUCAGUAUCCCAUCCAUGGUACUGGACGCCGCUUCCGGCGGAUUCGUUGCCCCAUUCGUAUAUCCUGGAUACAAGUGGGGUUUCGAUGUUCCGCGUGUUCAUAGCAUCAAUACCUCUGGGCACAAAUUUGGACUAACUUAUGUUGGUUUGGGAUGGAUACUUUGGAAAGAUGAGAGUCUUCUCCAUAAAGACCUCAUUUUUGAGCUGCAUUACCUUGGGUCUACGGAACAGUCGUACACGCUCAAUUUCUCCAGGCCGAGCGCGCCCAUCUUGGAAGCGGAUCUUGCGAACGCUCGCCUCUUAUCUCGUGCACUUGAGGAGUCAGGAUGGUAUAAAUGCCUCAGCAAUAUCCACAUCCCAUACAAAAAAUCCAGUAUUACGGGUGCCAUUGGCAGCGUGAUAGGCGAUCCUUCCGGUAGGGUCGACGAGGAUAAGGCGGCAUUUUAUCAGAGGGGCCUGCCAGUUGUUGCGUUCAGGUUCUCGGACGAGUUCAAGCAAAAUUACCCUCACGUACAGCAGUCAUGGAUCCAGAAUCUUCUGCGUCAAAAGCAGUGGAUCGUUCCCAAUUACAACAUGCCUCCAAAUGUGGAAAAGGUGGAAGUUCUCCGCAUUGUUGUACGCGAGAGCAUGAACCCAGACAUAAUCGAACGUGUGGCCGCGGACAUAUUGGAGAUCACGGAGCAACUUACGAAAACGGACUCCGGCGUUUUCCAAAUGCAACUAGCUUUUUCCAGCAGCAACCUGAGUCCCAACACUAUUGAGCACGAGAUUGGCAAAUUCAAAGCGGAAUCCGACGCACCAAGAGAGCAACAAACUUACUCCAGGAUCUGCUGA